AUGUUCUCGUGUGGCCGCCCGUGUCUAAGAAGACGCCUUUCUGUCGUCUUGGACACCGUCGCGGCUGGCCCCGAUGAACCUCUACUGUUCCUCUACCCCCGAUGGGCCGCGUCUGCUCUCCGCCGUCGCCGACCGAUCUCGUCCUUGACGCCUGCUGCAGCUCCGGUGAAGGGCUGCAGUGCCCCUUUUCGAACCGUCGUCUACCCCCGCGUUGUCUCAUCGUUCCGGAGCCAAUCGAGUCAAUGGAUCUCUUCGAGCGCUGUUGCUCAAUCUCAAACUCACAAUAGCACGAGUGGCUAUGUGAGUUUGGCCACGAAGGAUGGACAUACGAAGCUUGAUGGACAUACGAAGCUUGAUGGAGAGACGGAAUUUCAGGGAGAUGCGGUGUCAGGCCAGGACGUUCAAAGCCCCUCGGUGGGAGGGCCAAAACAGCCUGUCAAUUUCCAUAUUUCCUUUCCGGCUGUCCCAACGGCUGUGCCUAAACGGACAUUAAGAAGGAGGGUGUUAGGGUCGCUAGGCCUUUUAGGGACGAGACCUCUACCAAGACGUAUAUCCGCUCGGGAUCGGAAGAAGCUACGCUACGGGAGAUUUAUCAGGGCGACACCUGCCACGACAUCGAUUCGCAGACUUGCAGGGAACUGGAACGAUGUCAAGAAUUUGAUGGUGAAGGUGGAGGCUAACCCGCGCGCAGCACCUAGGAAGGUGCCCAAGCACAAGGAGAUCCUGAUCCCCGAAGAGACUGUUGGAUUGCUGGUUGGUGUAUCGAAAGCCAGUUUCGGGGAGAACAUCUACUUUUCUUCCGUGCGCAACGGUUGCCGCAUCCAUAUUUUACCACCGUCGGAAGGCGAUGGUGUCCACCGCAGAGCGAUUUUGUCCGGCUCUGAGCAUGCUAGGGAGCUGGUGAAGGACUCGAUUGCUCGCGCACACCUUUCGCAGACAAACGGCGACCCACUCGUCGAAAUGGCUAAGCCCAUUGUUCCUAUAUUCGCCUCGACCCUGACCAUGCGGCAGAAAAAUAUACCGGUACCUUUGGUCCGCGGUGUUUGGUACACUGACCGGGAAGAUUCCCUGAGUCUGGAUGAAGUCCUCGAACAUCGCUCCUCCAUUAACUCCGUGAAAGAAUUUUCGGAGCACAUCGAUGACCUGACUCGGGUGCAGAGAAAGUCGCCUAAGAAAACCCCGGGCCUGCCCAGCGUUCCAUGUCAGCAGCUGGUUGCACGUGAAAUAUUGGCAUUGUUCAAACAAGAGGACAACCGCACAUUCUUGUCAACUGCGGCUUUGAAUGGUGCCCUGGAAUAUCUAUCCAAGCGCGAGAUGUUCGCCACUGCCCGGGACGUGUUUACCUUGGCAGAGCAAGUUGCCACUGUGGACACCUACAAUAUCCUUCUGGAUUCUGCAGCGCGGCGCCAGGACAAGAGAGCCUUUCGGUUUUUCCUACACUGUAUGUGGCGAGGACAUAUUCGCCCCAACUCAUUGACAUGGGUCAAGUUACUGAAGGCUAUGGUCCUGCCCAGUCACAAGGCCUCCUUGAUCAACCACAUGGCGCAGAAUGGCCAUAUGAAUGAUAUUAGGUCAAUUCGAAGCCCUCUUCAUUUGACGAUCGAGGAUUCAUUCUUCGUGCAUUUGGAAAGCGGCCAAGGAGUUGAAUCUUUUAUUGAUUUAAUGGUCAAAACGCUUGGAGCCGAUUGGUUCAGUUCGUCAAUACUUGCCCAAAUGUUCGCCGUGAUUGCUCGUCUGAAAGACUAUGAUGCCCUGGAAAAGUUGCUGAGGAUUUGCAACGAACACGACCUUGCGAUUGAUAGCGAUUCUCUCACUCCUAUCGUGGGGAUGUUACGUGGAAACGUCUUCAACGCUAUCCACCACACCAUUCAACUCCUAAAACGCCCCUUAUUCAAACUCUACCGCGAAACAUACGAACGUCUUUUCCUAAUAGCCUACAAAUCCCGCCGCUACAAUAUCUGCCGUGUCUUGUGGUACUAUGCCUGCAUGGAACGCAAAGUGACCUACAAGAUGCGCAAAGCAGUCCUGAGCUCUCUCACCAGCAACGUCUCAAUCGUCAUGAAAGACAACGACAUUGGGAGGAUCUGGCGUACCAAUGCUGGCAAGGCCAUCGUUGGCAUCGAAAAACAGGCCCAGCACCCGUUCCCAAAGGAUAUCAUCAAGGCUCUCCCGGCCGAGUUCAAGUAUGCGCCAGAUCUCUAUCUUCGCACGUUGCAGCCAAUGGGCCCCGGUCGUGAUCUCCAGCUCCGACUGGCCUCCUGUAUCAUCAAUCGCGAUAUCGAACGUGGUGUCUUAUUCGGUUCCCGUCAUCCCCUGGGCGUGAUGCUAGAAGCUGCGGCCAUGGAGGAUCGUGAAUGGGCUGGGUCACCGCGUCCUUUAACCUGGAUCAUGGGCAAUAUCAUCAAGAUUCCACUCAGGUUCAAGGGAAAAGUUUGA